CAUGUCUUCUGAAUUGGCAGGCAGAUUCUUUACCACUGAGCCAUCGGGGAAGCCUCUCUAUUUGAUUCUUGGUUCUUAUUUGCCUGGUCAGUCUUUUUCCAUCUUUUGAUUUUCAGUCUUUUUGGCUCCAGAUGUUUUUCAAUAAGUGGAUCUUCACGGAGCAUUGCCUUAGGGUAUGGCCCUGUACGGAGCUCGGUGUUUGGGAAGUUAGAGAAUUCUGCCCUAGUAACCUCUGACACAGGUAGAAUAUUUGGGUGUGAAACAGAGUUUACACUGCCAGGCCUCCAGGAGUUUGAGACAUGGAGCCUUAGGGCAGGAAACUUUGAUCCAUUCUGUCCCGUGCUGGGCAGUGUUGCUUGGGGUCACCAUGAUGACCAUGAUAACUCUGACCUUUCCUCCCACGGGUUCACUAUUCAGUGGAGCAGACAGAUCCAUCCCUCGAUAGUGACAGUGGACAGGGCUAUGUUUGGGGAACCCAGAGGACCAUUCUGGGCAGGUGGAAGGUUUCCAGGAAGGGAGCUCAGGGAAGGCCUCCCGGUUAAAGAUACAGGCCCAUGAAAGUUACAUUUGAGCUAAGACCCAAAUGAUAGAAGGGAUAGAACCAUGUGGAGACCUGCGGGGGAAGGCAUGCCAAUCAGAGGGAACAUAGAAGGAAAGGGCUUAGUGACUCUGAGGAAUAUCCAGCAAGGAGCCCAGUGUGGGACCCCAGAGGUGGAGCCUGACCCAGCCUUACGGGGUCAGCUUCCUGGAGGAGAGGAUGGCUGAGCUGAAACCCCAGAGAAUAUAUAAUUAAACAAUAGAGCACAGCAAUCUAAAAUCAGAUUCCCUGGGUUCCCAUCCCUGCUCUAAGUCCCACCAGUUAUGUGUGACCUUGAGCUAGUUAGGCAACCUGACCUAUCUCAGUUUCUUCAUCUAUACAGUGGAGAUAACCACUCCUGAGGAUCAGAGAAGGCCUCAGAAUUCUAACUAUUCUGUAGGCCAGAGUAGGUGCUUACCUGGGUCCACUGGGGGUGUGGGAAAGUGGGGAAGGAUGAGGCUGGAGUUGUAGAGUAUCUGGGCUUUUCCCCAAGGGCACUGGGGAGUCAUGGUAGGUUCUGAGCAGGGUAGGGACAAGGUCAGGUUUCUAUUUUGAGAAUACCCUUCUGGCUCUGAUGUGCAGGAUGGCUGGUAGCAGACAGGGUGGUGGGAAUGGACAGAUGCCUGCAGUGGAGUGUCUCUUGAGCAGGCCUGGCACUGAAAGGAUCUAGGCCAGUGCUGUUCAAUAGAAACAAAGUGAACCUUACAUGUAAUUUAAAAUCUUCUAGUAGCCACAUUUAAAAUGUCAAAAGAAAGAGAUGAAGUCAAUUUUAAACAUCUUAACUCAUUUAUAUCUUAGUCUCAUUUUAACAAGUAGUCAAUGUUAAAAAAAUUAUUAAUGUAUUUCAUAUUAUUUUCUUGUACUAUUUGCGGCGCCUGGUUGGAAGGGCUGGCCUGAGAGGUCCUUUUGGCCACACGGCCUGAGCCUUGAAUGCCAGGCCCAGAGGCUCAGACUUAGUGCCGACGGAGCCACCAUCGCAGGGUUCUGCCCAUUUGUUUUUCAGGGUGAGGUGAUCCUGCUGCUGCUCCGUUUCCCCCGCGGGAAGUCUCUCCCUCCAGGUUUCCCUACCAGAGCUAGGCACUUUCAGAUCUUUCUGCCCUCUUCCUUUCCUCCGGACUUGGAGUCUCAAUCCCUGAACUGCAUGGCCCUUUAAAUCUCAGCUGUCAAUCAGGGCUCCUGUUUAGAGGAAACGUCGUAAUAAACCUUUCCUUGAUUGUCACGGCCUGGGUCCUGGCCUUGGUCUUCCGUUUAGCAGGAAGUUAGGAAUUGUUCUACACUCUCUUGCACUUGACUGUUUCCACACCCCGUUCGUCACCUCUCGCCUACUCCACCCUCUUUCGAAGUUGGGCCCCUUCGCCAAGGCCUGCCUUAUAUGGGCAUGGCUCCGAAUGGCCGCCGCUCAUUGGCUGGGGGCAUCACGCGCACGUCUGUCAACAAAGGGGCGGAGGGAAACCAGGUGACCUGUGGAGCCCCCCACCGCCAUCCAGGCCCUGCGAUGUGGUGAACCCCCGCCUGUCUGCCACCAUUCCCAGAAUGGACCGAGGUGGCCUCCUGCCCUUCCAGCUUUGGUGCCCCCGGCCCUUUGGCACCUACUCCCAGAACCAGCCACGCCCACCUUCUGCAGCCCUCAAGCCCUCAGCCUGCCCCGAGCCCAGCGCUGGGGCGGAGCCAGAACAUGGCCCUGCCCACUCUGAGAACACGCCCCCGGUCUUGGCCUCCGAGGCUCCUGCCUCCCAGCCUGCCCCACUCCUUUCCACAGCCGCUGCUGGCGACGAGGGUCGAGUCCUGCUGGACACAUGGUAUGUGAUCAAGCCGGGGAAUACAAAGGAGAAGGUGGCCUUCUUUGUGGCCCACCAGUGUGGUGGGGGCAGUCGGGCCAGCUCCAUGAAGGUCAAGGGGCACUGGGGCAGUGACAGCUCCAAGGCCAAGAGGAGGAGGCGCUGUCUUGAGUCUACGAAGGCUCCGCCCGACCCAGGGGGACAGGACGGGCCCCCUGCCGCGGAGGGGGCCCCAACCUCUGCCGGCGAGGAUGUGGACCUGCUCUCUGUGGCCGAGAUGGUGGCCCUGGUGGAACAGCGGGCCGCCCUGGCCCUGCAGAGCUACCCGCGCCCCAGCACCCCAGCGCCUGUGGUCUUCGUGUCGGCUGAGCAAGGUGGGCCUGGCAAGGGGCUGGGAUCCGAACGAAGGUCUGGCGGCGGGGACUGCAGCCGUGUAGCCGAGGCGGUGGCCCACUUUGAGGCACAGCGGGACAACCCUCCGGCCAAAGGCCUCCGCAAGGAGGAGCGGCCUGGACCAGGUCCCGGGGAGGUGCGCAUCGCCUUCCGGAUCUCCAAUGGCCGAGAGUCCCGAGCACCGGAUGGCAGCUUACCCAACGGGAGCGGGAGCCGGCCGGGUUGCGCCUACCCUGGCAGCCCGGGUCCCGGAGCCCGGGCCAAGGACAAGAUCACCUGCGACCUGUACCAGCUUAUCAGCCCGUCUCGGGACGCCCUCCCCAGCAACGUGGAGUUCCUGCUGGCUAGGGCAGACGAAGCCAGUGAGGGUGAGACCCCCGCCCCUGCCAGGCCCGAGGACACUCCCCCGGCGCCCCCGCCACCCCCUGCCCGGGACUGCGGAGCAUCAGGCUUCCACGUGGAUGUGGUAGUUACUGGGGUGGUGGACGAGUGCAUCUUCUUUGGCAAGGACAGCACCAAAAACGUGAAAGAGGAGACAGUGUGCCUGACUGUCAGCCCCGAGGAACCACCCCCGCCCGGCCAGCUCUUUUUCCUCCAGUCCCGGGGGCCUGACGGGCCCCCCGAGCCUCCGCCAGCCGACUCACCGGCCACGGCGCCAGGCCCGGACGAUGCCGAGGGGACGCCCGACACCUCCCUGUGCCGCCUGUACCGGCAUGUGUCCCACGACUUCCUGGAGAUCCGUUUCAAGAUCCAGCGGUUGUUGGAGCCGCGGCAGUACAUGCUGGUACUCCCAGAGCACGUGCUGGUCAAGAUCUUCAGCUUCCUGCCCACGCGGGCCCUGGCGGCUCUCAAGUGCACCUGCCAUCACUUUAAGGGCAUCAUUGAGGCAUUUGGCGUGCGGGCCACAGACUCGCGCUGGAGCCGCGACCCACUCUACCGCGAUGACCCUUGUAAGCAGUGCCGCAAGAGAUACGAGAAGGGCGAUGUGUCGCUCUGCCGCUGGCACCCCAAGCCCUACCACCACGACCUGCCUUACGGACGUUCCUACUGGAUGUGCUGCCGCCGAGCCGAUCGCGAGACGCCCGGUUGCCGCCUGGGUCUGCAUGAUAACAACUGGGUGCUGCCCUGCAAUGGGCCAGGCACUGGUGGAGGCCGGGCCGGCCGCGAGGAGGGGAGGUGAAGCCGGGG